UGCCGCCUAGUUUCACACGCGCUCGGUUUUGCCUCCGGCUAUGGUCUGGCGAUAACGCGCACCGUAACCGCGGCUCAGUUCGCAUUCAACAAGUGACGGAAGCGGAUGAUCAACCCGGCGUUACCCAUCGGUGAUCGGUCGCACAUGCACGAAAACCCGCACAAAGAGAAAAAUCAAAACCCACGCGAAAUAUCGCUGUAAAAUUGUGUUGGUGCUUUCCGUUUGACCGUGUUUUUUGGGGGUUGAAGUUUUUUGUUGUUGUUGUUAAAUUUCCGUGCUGUGUUGCAUUUCAUCGAAUGCUCGUGUUAGUAUUUUUAGAAUUUAAACUGGUUCAUGAGGUAGAAAAUAAGCGGUUUUACGUGUUUGUUGUCUAGUUUUUUGUUUGUUGUUAAUGUGAUGCUGCGAGAUGUAAAGAGGAACGACCUGCUGUGCACGAAAAAGUGGAUUUUAAAUGUUGGAGAAAAACCAAUUUUUCACACGAUUAUUUGAAGUGUAUUGGUGUUGUUGAUGCAUAGUGUUAAUAGUGCAACAAUUUUUUUUGUUAAAACAAACUGCGAAAACCAAUCCAUUUCUUCUUCUUUCAACCGAUUCCAGUGAGAUAGAGUUAAACGCGUAGACAAUCCUACUAGCCGGUCAUAAUCAGCCGGUCUUUUCUUUUUGUCGUUUGCGAUGUGAUCGAUCUAAUGAAGAGGUGCCGGAAUAAGUGGUUUUGUUUGUGAAAGUGUGUGUGAGUGUGUUGCUUAAAGUGCUCCAAAAUGCCGAUGAAGGAGUGGAUCUAUCGGUUGCAGCCAGUGCAACUCUACAUUGUAUUAGCCCUUUCGUCAGUUUACUUUCUGGUGCAGCUAUUUCUGAGUCACGUUUCUCACUCGCUGGUACUGCUCGUCGCUUCCUAUCAUAUGCUGUGUAACAUCAUAGCCCUCACAGGCUGCAUUUUGACCAUUAAGAAAAGUGCCAUACCGUCUGGACGGGAAGGUUUGAAGCAGGAAGCACGUUCGAUCUCGCAACAGCUUGCAACAGGCGAUGGGUUGGAAAAGUUUGCGGAAGUUAGUCAAGGCACGACGGACGGCAGUAAAAUCAGCUCGGAUGACGGGCCAAAGGGUGAAGAAUCGCCGCAGGAGAUCAAGAGUAAGGUGAAGGUGAAAGCAAGACAAGCGAGAGAAAGCACGCUGAAGAACACAUUCGGCUGGACACGGAUCGACAUCCUAACGAUGCUGGUAGUGUGCAUCUUUAUGGCGUCGUUUUGUUUCUCGGCAAUCAUCGAAGCACUGCAGACACUUUCCCACAUCCAUCAUCAGGAUGCGAUGCAUUUUCCGGCUCACAUCCUCGUGCUCGGUGCGAUGGGUUUGAUACUGAACGGGUUCUGCUAUCUACUGAUCGGUGGGUACACGUACCAUCAGGGAAGCUUCCUGUACAUCACAUCGAGCGGUAAUGUAAUACUGGAUCACGUCAUCACGGGGGACGGUGUGCGUAAAGGUAAUCGACGCCUUUCCGGGUCGAGGAAACAAGUCUCGCCGGCACAGCUUCGUGACCAAUCGAAACGUCAGAGCGUUCGUGAGCUGAUGCGAGAUAUCUGCAGUAUUGUGAUGGUCAUUAUUUGUUCACUGAUCGUGUACUACACUACGGAAGAAACGGCCAAGUUUGUGGAUCCAGCGCUUUCGAUUAUUUCUUGUAUUAUCCUCCUAACCCUAAGCUAUCCGUACAUGAAAGAAUCGGGAAUGAUCUUGCUCCAAACUAUUCCCGAUACGAUCGACAUCGAAAUCUUCAAGAAAACACUUCUGGAAGGUUUUAGGGAUAUAGUGAGUGUGCAUGAUCUUCACAUUUGGCAGCUAAGUGGUAAUCAAUACAUCUCAACGGUGCACAUUAUCUUUGACAACCCGAAGGUGUAUCUCAAGAUCCAUAGUGAUGUCAUCGAGUUCUUCCAAGAGCAGGGUAUUAACCAGGUCACCAUACAGCCCGAGUUCAAGAUGACAGGAGAAAGGGGCACCCUUGGGAACGGUAGCGAAGGUUGUUUGAUCCAGUGUCGAACCAUGGCCCAGUGCGCUAGUCUAACGUGUUGUGAUACGUUGUCACAAGAAGGAGCCUCAAAUGUGGCUUUAUUGACGGAAGUGAUCGAUCAACCAAAAACCGAUGGAACGGUUGAGCUGGAAGGUAGCGAGGUCAUUCAAAUGAAUCCCUUACCGAUGGCAAAUGCUGGCCCGGAGCUUAGUACCACUCAAGUGGCCGUAGUUGCAUGUGAGUCAAUGACCACUGAAGCAGGGGAAGGUGAUAACCACAAGCUAGCGAAAGACGGCCCGCCUGAAGCAAACGGUGAAGAGAGCACCGACACAGCCACAGUACAAAUAAGCCCAGUUAAGACUGAAUCUGAACAGCAAGUGGAAGGUGAUAAGGGCACGUGAACAAGAGUAUUGCCAGCUGGCAGCUAACGUACAGUACACAGAGCCAGUACACUCUUGACUUCAUUGUCGAAUCAAAUGAUUCGAUUGUAUUUUAAUUAUAUCGUUUACUUCCGUGCGAGAGAGAG